AUGCCGCCCAGGCUUCGGAGUCCCACUGUCAUGGAGUCCUUCAAGAUCGAAGCUGUCAUCAGAAAGAAGCACCACAUGGCGGAGAGUCCUGUUUGGGAAGAGAAGACAGGGCAACUGGUCUAUGUGGACAUCAAUGCCCAGACUGUGUGCCGCUGGGACCCAGGCAGCGGCGAGGUGCAAACAGUGGGCCUGAGCAACCGUGUUGGCUGUGUGGCCCUGCGAGGGAAGGGGGCCUACGUGGUGGCCGCUGGCACCUGCCUAGGCUUCCUGGACUGGGAGACACAGCAAGUGCAGUGGACAGCCCGGCUGGACCAGGACAAGCCCCACAAUAGGUUCAAUGAUGGCAAGGUGGACCCCGCCGGGAGAUUUGUGGCAGGCACCAUGCCAGAGGAAUCAGCCCCUGGGGUGUGGGAGCCUGGCCAGGGGUCCCUGUACACUCUCUAUGCUGACCACUCGGUGGUCAGAUACCUGCAUGGACUGGGAAUUCCCAACGGAUUGGAUUGGUCCCUGGACCACAGAACCUUCUACCACGUUGACAGCCUGGAUCGCUGUAUUCGAGCCUACGACUACCACGUGGAAACAGGAGGAAUUGCCAACCCAAGGCUGCUAUACCAGUUGCCAAAGGAAGAGGGUAUGCCGGAUGGGAUGUGCGUGGAUACCACGGGGAAACUCUGGGUAGCCUGCAUCGAUGGAGGCCAGGUCAUUCGUCUGGACCCUGAGACAGGAACUCGACUGUUAACCGUGAAGUUGCCUGUGUCCAGAGUUACGUCCUGCUGCUUUGGGGGGCCCCGCUACACGGACCUGUACGUGACAUCCGCAUCAGAUGGCCUCAGCCCACAGCAGCAGUCCCAGGAGCCUCAGGCAGGACACGUCUUCAAGGUCACAGGCCUUGGAGCUACAGGGAUUGCACCUCACCCCUUUGCAGGCUGAGCCAGCCCCUCCCACACAGC